GAGUUUGUCAAAAUUCCUUUUAUUUCCAGGUUAGGUAAGAUAAAGGAAUGGAUUGAUGCCAAUGAUCCUGGAGCUAUAGUCAUUUUGAUGAGCUGUGCUAUUGAGUUACAUUUAUUUGACAUGGAACCAGCUGAAAAAGAAGCUUAUUUUAAGGAGAAAAAUACAACAAGUGCCCUUGAGAAAAUUAUAGUGACUGGUUACAAGGCCCUGCAUUUAGUAUAUUUCUUCACAGUAGGAAAGGAUGAAGUCAAAGCUUGGACAAUGCAUGUGGGAACCAAAGCUCCACAGGCUGCUGGUAGAAUACAUACUGACUUUGAACGAGGUUUUAUUAUGGCAGAAGUGAUGGGAUACAAUGAUUUCCAUGAGCAUGGAUCAGAAGGAGAAUGCAAGGCUAAUGGCAAGUACAGACAGAAAGGACGUGAUUAUAUUGUAGAAGAUGGGGACAUUAUUUUGUUUAAAUUUAAUGCUGGAGCAGGAUUAAAGGACAAAAAGAAAUAAUUUUAUUCACAAACAGAAAUAAAUUAUUGACAUUCUA